AUGGAGAAGGAGACACUGCACAAGUUCAUACGAUGCUUCAACAACAUCCAAAGCACCAUCCCCAAGGUAACCGAUGCUGAUGUCAUCCAGGCCUUUACUCGGGGUUGCAGGAACCACAGGUGUAUUGAAGACCUUGCCAUCAAUGACCCUAAGACGGUCAAGGAGCUGAUGGAUAUCGCCGACAAGGCAGCCAGUGUUGAGGAGUCCCUCUCGUUCAAUAAGGAUAGUAUUGACUUCCUAACUGCUAACAAGGUGGUCGAGUAUGAGGGUUUGCUUGCAGGUCUUCGAGUAGUUUCUGCGCUUGCCAUCCACUACCUACUCAUGAAUGGAGAUUCACAGUUGGUGGUGAAGCAAGAUUCAGAGAACAUUGAUGAUGCCGCAAAACAAAUACUUGACCUUUUGCGCGCUGCCCAUGGUAGCCAGGAAAACAAAACAAAAUCAUUCUUGUUCCAUGGUUGGGAAGGACUGGGGGCAUCUUCUGUUCUUAAAGCUAUAGCUGAAUUCCUGAAAUCAACAAGCUGUGAUUCCGACACAAGAAAUCUUUUUGGCAAAAUUAUCCACGUGGACUGCACUUUGUGGAAAAGUAGAAGGGCCAUGCAGAGGACAAUUGCAGAGGAACUAGGCCUUCAUCAUUUAAUGCCGCGGUUUCAUAAAAUGGAUGAGGAUGAUGAUUUCAGAGGGGUAGAUGAUGGUUCAAGAGUAGAGAUAGCAAGCAUUGGAACAGCAAUUUUUCAAUCUCUUGUAAAUGAAAGAUUUCUGGUGAUUUUUCAUUGUGGAACAGAUGAAGAUAUCAAUUUCGAUGACUUUGGCAUUCCUUCGAAGUUCAGUUAUGGUGAAGUUUUAUGGACGAAAUAUGGAAGAUUCCAGCUCACUCGAGAGGAUGAUUUCAGCUCCACGUCGAUUAAUAUUGUGGGAAAUAUUAAAAGAAUUUUGUAUUUAUGGCAUCAGGAAGUUGUUGAACUAAUACGUUGCAUGGGUAUGAUGAGCAUCAACACAGACCUAGUUCUGGACUGCUAUUCAUACUUACUGUUCCUAAUUUGCCAAGACAGCACUCGUACUGUUGACUUCGAUUGGCUUACUCAUGCUUGUAAUUAUUGGAUAUGUGAUGGAAUCCUACGAGGGGACAGAGCAUGGGAGAUUGGUAAAGCUUUACAUAAACUGAUACUGACACCAUUGGGCUAUUCUUCAGAUUUAGUUCAGUAUUUGGAAGGAUUUUUGGGAGAAGAAAUUGAACGGCGAAGAGAAUGGGUUUCAAUCACAAUUAAACAACAUGGAGAACAGAGAAGCUUGACUAGUCCUGUUAAGGCGUCAUCCUAUUUCCUCACAUUUGUAGGAAAUGGUCAACUCGAACUACAAACAGAUUUAUUUCAACCGGCCAGCAAUCUCCAUGUGCUAAAACUCUGCAAGUGCAGCUUUGAUUUUUCAUCACCUCCUUUCCGCUACUGUCAGAACCUUAGGUUCCUUUGGCUCGACCAUUGUACAAACAACGCGAAGGAUCCGGAGCAAAAUGCAGUCUCAUGUUUCCCAAACCUGUGGGUGCUUGACUUGCGUUUCACAAAUUACAUUAACUUUUCGCAUAUGCUAGAACUGAUGAACAAUCUCAGGGAGUUAAAUACAAUGGGAGUCUCCUGGAGGACUAUCAGUCAUGCAUGGAAAAGACUGCAGGAUCUUCAGAAGCUGAGAUUAACAAAAACUUCAGAAGUGAUCACAGUGGACAGCUGCUCCUCCAUAGAUUUGAUGAAUCUGGAGCUUCUUGACUUGUCUAGUAAUACUCAAAUGGAAUCAUUGCCAGACCUAUCAUUAGCAGAAAAACUAAAGAUGCUGGUUCUUGAUGGUUGUUCUGGCUUGGCGCAUGUCACACUUGAAAGAGCUCCAAUGCUCGAGAUUUUUAGUUUAGAUGGUUACGGCCCAGCAACGAACUGGACACAUUCCUUGCAGCUGCCAAAAAGAGAACUGCGUCCUAAGUCCCAUGUAUCUCAAGAUGAAGCCAAGCUCUCAAAGGUCUCCCUAAAGGGUUGUGCUCGGCUGCACAGUGUAUUCUUGCAUGCAUUGCCUAAGCUAGAGGAGUUGGACAUGUCUGGUACAGCCAUCAAAACACUCGAUCUUGGUGCAAUGGAUGCCCCACGGCUCAAGAAGCUAUUCUUGCUGGGGUGUGAGCAACUCCGUAGCCUACUCUGGGAUGGAAAUAACCCUGAGCUACAAGUGCUACAUGUGGACACUCAGGGGAGGAGCACAAGAUCAGCAGUCUGUUGUGGAGAAUUGAGGUUCGAAGAUUUUGAAGCAGAUAUUACUUUCAAAGAUGGAAGGUUUCUUUGGUCAGCCAUGCAGGGACUGUAUAGGAGAAUGAAUUAUUCUUCCAGCGUGCACCUCCAUAUCUGUUCUUCUACGAUCCAUAGCCAAGCCAUAAUAGCCAAAAGUAUUGUGGAGAUUUGUCAAAGCCAUGAGGAUCUGGUUACAAUAUGGUCUUUCUUACCAUAUAGGGAUAUUGUCCUUACGAAGGAUGUUGCAAGUUCAGCUUUAUCGUGGGAUCGCCUACAGCUUAAACGUUUGAAAAGGCAUGUCGAGAUUGGUGAAGGAAGUUGCCAUUUAGAGAGUAUGCGAGACAGUGAACACUACCAUCAAUUUGUCCAAUUCUAUAUUGAGUCAUUGCAUGUUCACGACAAUUCCUCAAUCAAGGCUAUCCCGCCAAGUCCUCUGGGAGAUUUUUGUACAUCGUGGUCAAACUUCAAAUGGUGCCACGUAGAAAGAUGCCCCAAGCUGCACACUCUCUUUACUUGGCCGACCGGAACAGAAAUAAGAGUUGCGUUUCUUCAUUUGGUGACAUUUUCUGCGUCUGACCUACAGAUGGCCCACUGCAUCUGGGAUAAAGGAAUUAAUGCUCAAACAUGGGAGGGAUAUUACUUCGUUAACCUAAAACAUAUAUACCUGAGCAACUGCCCCAGGCUCAAGUUCGUCCUUCCCAUUUCCUUCGACUUGCCAAGCUUGGAGAUCCUCCACAUUGAGUACUGCAGCAAUGUCACACAUGUUUUCCCGUUGGACCACGAGUACCCAAAGAGAAUAGCAGCUCGUGCAGAAUUCAAGAACCUGAAGCACAUCAAACUACAACAUCUACACAACCUGGAGCAGAUAUCCGAGGCAAGAGUCUUGUCCGCGCCGGCACUGGAGACGAUCAGCCUCAGGGAUUGCUGGGGCCUGCGACGGCUACCGGCUAUCGCAGUCCGCGAUCCUAAGCCAGUCGUGGACUGUGAGAAGGACUGGUGGGACAAGCUCGAGUGGGACGGACGGGACGCCGGUCAUGACCCAUCGCUCUUCAAAACGCGCCAUUCGGACUACUACAAGAAGACCAUCCGGAGGGUCUCCGUUCUGAGGUAAUCUUCUCCACCACUACAGCAGUUUGCUGCUCUGGCAUGUGUUGCUCUUCAGCAAAGCAAGGGAGCUUGGCUUACAUGAAGCUUCAGAUUGUUGCUAUUACAAGUUCCAUCGAUCUCAACUAUGAGGUGUUUCCUUUUUCUGCGUGCCGGCAAAAGUGUUCGUGUUCUACAGUGUGGCUGUAUGUAGCAACUAUGUUGCUACUUGCAGCGAUGAAUAAAUUGUGUGUUUCACCAAGAUACUUGGUUUAGGUAUCCUUGGAUUGGUGUGUCAAGAACUGGUGUGCUAUUUUUCUCCAGCUUAGAGUGGUAUUCACAAUCGAGCUUGUGGGCAUGAACCUAGUGUUCGUGGUUGAU